AUGGUCCCAAACAAUGAUGCUCCCAACGAGAAGACAAGCAAGAAGCGACGUCGCUCUCGCAAACAUAGCGUCAGUUCCAGUGGAAGUGUGUCGUCUCGCAGCUCGUCGUCCUCGAGCAAGUCCGAAGCAACACGCAGGCGUCCCAGCCAUACCGGUGUAGAAAAAGAUCCGAAAGGCUCCGCGAUUGCCGCGCUGGAAUCGAACUUGCCGGUAGCCACGACCACCGCCCUUCAACUGGACGAAGUAAUUCCCCCACGGGACAAGAGCCCUCUCAAACGGAGGCUGUCUUUCGCCGCCGAUUUCCAGCGCAAGUCCUCGGACCCCAGCGAGCCUCAGCAGCAACUCGCUUCCGCCGACUUUGGUCCGGUAGAACCUCACGUUGCUACUCCCACUGCUCCGACGACGGAGAAGCCUGAAGAGAGUAUCCGGCUCCCAGAGCAGAAGGACCAACAGGCGCCCCAACCAGAAUGUGAAACCGCCCUGCCAGCUCAGUCUCCGGAGUGCGCCGUUAGCGGUGCGAAUACACUCCAGAUGCUGUCCGCGACCUCGAUCAAGGCGAGGGCCGAGCCCUCUCCGACGCUCUCGGAAGGACAGCCGGAGCCACAACAUGGACGCAAAGUGAGCCAGUUAAGUCGCAAAGCGAGUUUAUCUCACCAGCACGCUUCGUUGCCCUCUGUCCUUCAAGAACUUGACACCAUCAACAAAGAACACCUCGAAGGCCAGCGAUUAAAGUCACAAGCUCGGAGGACCUCGUACAAUGAUUAG